AGAAGCAGUUGUAAUAUAUCCGUUCGUUCAUAAAUCAAAGAUUUGAUCUUGAGAGUUGUAUAGCUGACAAAUGAUUAUGGAGUCUACCCACAUUGACGCGUGUUUGAAGAGGUUACCUGAUGUGUUCCAUCUUCUACUGGAUUCAAGUAAGACUAUCGUGGACGAUACGUGCGUCGAAAAACUGCUAACUUUGAUUGAAAACAUAACACAGUGUACAGAUGACAGAAUGAAAUUAUUCAAAGAAGACGUUGGAUUAGUAUCGUUCCUCUCGCAUGUUGUCACCACAUCCUGCGAACCAUGCACCAUGACAUUUGCGUUAAAAUUGAACGGUAUCCUGUUGAAGCAUGACGACACUGUCCAACUGCUGGCUGCUCAUUUUACUGGUAUUGAAUCUAGUCUUGAACACAGAAUCUUCCAAAGAGCCUUGGAGGGGAUCGAAUACUGGCUAGAUGCAUCCGUACGCUGUGCCUGGCUCAACAGUAUGAAAGUUAAUUUGAAUUAUGCGUAUCAAGUAAUUACACAGUUAGAGUGUAUUGAACAAAUCAUUGCUUGUCUUGUUGAUGCAAGCAUGUUCGUAAUAACAGCAGCGCAAGAUUUCACCGUUAGUCUCAUCGUUUGGUGUUAUAAACAUGGCAUGCUUGCUGAAAGAGAAAAAGUAGCAUUAGUGAAAAAGUCACAGUUGGACAAUGGAAAAGAAAAGCAUGCAAUUGAUGAGAAGUCAUCACGUUGCUUGGAGACACAUUCUGGUUGCCGGGAGACAUCCUCCAGCUCUUCAUUCAUCGGUGAACGUUUAUUGCAGUACAUGACAAAAGUCUUAAGAAGUGACUCUACGAUAGAAAAGCCAGAAAUUGUAUCCGUACUACAGAUGCUCAGAAAACUCUUUGAAACUGAUCAAUCUGUUGGGGGAAGUGUUGCCAUGGAAACAUAUUUACUAGCAAGUUGCCAGGAUAUGGUGAUAAAUUGUGAUGCCGGUGUAUGUGCGAAUAUUGUCGAGUUAUUUAUAGUUAUUGCACGGAAAACAAGGACAUCCGACUGGAUUCAAAUGGAUGAUAUAAUUGUGAUGAUUAUGUCACUGAUGCAUCAUGGGAAAUUAAGCCCAGCGCUGAAAUUAACAACAACGCUGCUAUUAGAAAUGGAUCAACAACAUGAGCAGCAUAAUAGAUUAUAUGAGUUAGUUUUUCUGCCACUAGAUUUUUGUCUCCAUCCAUCUCCAAGUACUGUUAUUAGUUCGUCGACGGUGGAUUUCAUAAUGGCCGCCAUGAAGUCUAGAGGUACAUGCAUUAGUUUAGUAAUGCACUCUAUAAUGGCACUGCAACGGCAAUGUACGAAGGGUGGGCGAUUGGAUGAUGAUAAGUUGUGUAGAUUUCUCAAAUAUCCCAUAAUACUCUUACCAAUCACAAGUUCACCAGAUCGUCAAAAUCUAUCGACUCAAUAUACGAAGCAUCUACUAGGUAACACCAAAUUAACCAAGUUUUUACUGGAUUUAGCAUUGACAUUAUGUGAUGUAUACGCAGUCAGUGACGAUGACUUGUAUCAACUGAGUGGUGUAGUGGUGAAAAUGGUGGACAAUCCACAUAUGGAUAGUACCGUCAUCUGCAAGUCGCUGAAGACCAUCACCGCCAUACUACGUCAAUCAACAAGUUCAGAAAGUGAAUCUGGAGAUGAACUGGUUGCUAAGAAACCACGCUUACAGGAUACAGAGGCGUGCAGUCAGCCCAGUGACCUUAUUCUGUCAAAAGUCUUCUUUAAUAUAUUACAGAAAAGAUCAUAUGACACUAGAUGGGAUGUCAGAGAUUCUGUUAUUAAUUUCAUCACUGAUAUUACACAGUUGUCAGAUAAUAGAAAUGUUGUAGCUUGGAUUGUAGAGUCAAAACUCGGCAAAGAGGUUUGGGAGAAACUUAGAGAUGAUGAUGAUAGUUAUGUCAGAGCCUCGUCUUUGUUUUCACUGGCACAGAUGUCAUUGUGUGAGGAAUUAUGGUUGCAGUUUAUGUCAACAUGUGAACAGACAAUGCAAUCUGUGGUACAAACUGUAACUAAUGUGCUCCUCCAUGAUACUGAAGCAUUCCCCAGAAGAGCUGCAGUCGACGUUUUUUUAAAAUGGUUGACGAAGCAUCCACAAAUCAGAUCAUAUCUACUAAGCAGCAACUACUCUACUUAUAAGAUCGGCCACAAGGUAGAGGAGGAUGCAGGAGAAAGCAACACCGAACACCGCUCAGUGUUCAGUAUCAUGCUUCAGGCCAGUCACGAUUUAGAUUUUGAAGUAAAACUCAGCGUGUUGAACUUCUGGGAGGUGAUUAUCCAUCACUAUCUUCCAUGUUUUGCGACAAAGAAUCUGACGGAGUCUAUUUGGGAUGAGUUGUAUCACAUUCAGAAGACUGGUUGUUUAGAAGGAUUACAAAGUAGUUCUGAUGACCAUGACAGAGUGGUGGCAGAGAAGGCUUGUACAAUCCUGAUAACACUGAAAGAGUUAAUAGUCAAGGGACUUGAUGGCAAAGAUAAGAAUGCACUAACAGUGAAGCACAAACUUGAUAUUAAAUUUAUUGACUUUUUAUUAAAGACUGAUUUAGAUCGUAUUCUGAGCGAAAAGUCCCGAAGUGUUGACAUAUACGAGUGGAAUCCUCUGGCUCUCAUUGAUGAUAUGUUGUACUCAAGUGAAAGCAAUGAUGACAACUUGUUAGAUUGUUAUUAA